GCUGUCAUGCUCAUCACUUACACCGAACCCCAAAAUCCGGAAUACCACUCAUUUCUCCAGGACAUCAAACGAACCUCCCAGGAGCAGUUUAACUUCACCAUGGAAGACGGACCGGAAAAUUUCAUCGUGGGGGCUUUUUACGACGGGGUCAUGCUCUACGGCCAGGCGGUAAAUGAGACGUUGGCGCUGGGCGGCUCUAUCACCGACGGCUUGGCCAUCACGCUCCAGAUGCGUAACCGGACUUUUCAAGGAAUCACGGGGCUCCUGCGGAUCGAUCAGAACGGAGACCGGGAAAUGGAUCACUCCCUCUGGGAUCUGGAUCCGACCAGCGGAGUGUUUGAGAUCGUGGCCAGUUACAACGGCACCACCAAGAAGAUUGAAACGAUCCCUGGGAAGAAGAUCCACUGGCCAGGCAACGCCGUUCCGAGGGACGUGCCGUUUUGCGGGUUUGAAAACGACAAUCCGCUUUGCCAGAAAGCCUCGUUUUCCUUGCUGGAGAUCUUGUCGCUCGUGAUGACGUUACUCCUGUUUGGCAUCAUCCUCACGGCCUUCUUUGCCUACCGGAAAAUGAAGUUGGAGAAGGAACUGGCUUCCGAAUUUUGGCGUGUCAACUGGGAGGACGUGCAGUCGAGCAACCUGGAGAAAAACCUACGCAGCAUGGGUAGCAAAGUCACCCUCUCGCUG